AUGGCGACCAUGUUGCGAUCUGUUGGGGCCACAUCAGGCUCAUUCCCCUUUGCAGAUCACUCCACCAAAUCGUCUACAUUCUUCGUUUGCCCUCUCCCAGUUAUCAGAGCCGAUAGAAGCUCGAUUUCGAAUCGGGUACAUGGUACUCGCAUGCCCGGGAAGCUCAUUACGAAAGCUGUUGCGACACAGGCUGAGAACUCUGCAUCAGCAGCUUCGAAACCUGGGCACGAGCUCCUUCUGUUCGAAGCCCUUCGGGAAGGCCUGGAGGAGGAAAUGGACCGUGACCCUCGUGUCUGCGUGAUGGGCGAGGACGUGGGCCACUACGGAGGCUCGUACAAGGUAACUAAAGGCCUUGCCGACAAGUUCGGCGAUCUCCGUGUCCUCGACACUCCCAUCGCCGAAAACUCCUUCACGGGCAUGGCCGUGGGCGCCGCCAUGACGGGCCUCAGGCCCGUCAUCGAAGGCAUGAACAUGGGCUUCCUCCUCCUCGCCUUCAACCAAAUCUCCGACAACUGCGGAAUGCUCCACUACACGUCCGGCGGGCAGUUCACUAUCCCCACCGUCAUCCGCGGGCCCGGCGGCGUGGGCCGCCAGCUCGGCGCCGAGCACUCCCAACGUCUCGAGUCGUAUUUCCAAUCAAUCCCGGGCAUUCAAAUGGUCGCGUGCUCCACACCGUACAACGCCAAGGGCCUCAUGAAGGCCGCUAUCCGAAGUGAAAACCCGGUCGUGCUUUUCGAGCACGUGCUCCUUUACAACCUCAAGGAGCGUAUUCCGGACGAGGAGUACGUGCUCUCGCUCGAAGAGGCCGAGAUGGUGAGGCCCGGGGAGGAUGUCACUAUACUGACUUAUUCACGGAUGAGGUACCACGUGAUGCAAGCUGCAAAGACUUUGGUGAACAAGGGUUAUGAUCCGGAGGUGAUUGAUAUCCGGUCGUUGAAGCCGUUUGAUCUGUACACGAUCGGGAAUUCGGUGAAGAAGACGCAUAGGGUGGUGAUUGUGGAGGAGUGCAUGAGGACGGGAGGGAUUGGGGCGAGUCUGACGGCGGCCAUAAACGAGAAUUUUAACGACUAUUUGGAUGCGCCGAUCGUGUGCCUGUCGUCUCAGGACGUGCCGACUCCGUAUGCGGGGACGUUGGAGGAGUGGACGGUGGUUCAGCCGCCGCAGAUUGUGGCGGCUGUUGAGCAGCUGUAUCGAGCCAUGUACGAGUUUUUGUGUGAUGAUUCGUGUUUUUUUAUGCGCAAGUGCUUCGGAGUUAUGCGCCUGCUAUCUGCCACCGCCUGCAGCCAGAGGAAAAAUCGGCUAGCCCCUCCCCCCCUCACUCCAAUCCCAGUCAAAACUACUGGCAGAAAUCGGAGGCGCUGGCCAACCAUCAAUCCUGAGCACCAAGGAAAAAGAGGGCUCAGGGAACAAAACCCGACGAAUCUGCCACCCCGACCACCUGACACCAGAAGACCGAGAAGACCACCGCGGCCACAUUUCACAGCCGCUCCAUCUCCGCGACACGAGAAGACCGAGGAUCCACCCAAGAUCGACGCCAAUUCCAGGGAUAGGCCGCUCGAGCCAGAGCCUACCACCGACGAGACUCCUGGCUCCCGGCUGUGGAAGGCUCUCUCACGAAUUUAG